CGCGGGUGGUGGGCGGGGCGGGGGUGUCCGUGCCCAGGCUCUGGAUUGGGAGCAGGGCAGGAGCCGGGCCGGGCCGGCAGCGUGUGCAGCGCUGCUCGAAAAUGCACUCGGAUGCCGCCGCUGUCAAUUUUCAACUGAAUUCUCAUCUAUCAACACUGGCAAAUAUUCACAAGAUUUACCACACCCUCAAUAGGCUGAAUCUGACAGAGGACGUUGGUCAAGACGAUCACCAGACAGGAGAGAGCCUUUCAAAGAUUCGAAGAAUAGGAAGUCUUCGGUCUUGCAGUUCAUCAGACUGCUUUAGUAAAGUGAUGCCUCCAAGGAAAAAGAGGAGACCUGCAGCAGGAGAUGAUUUAUCUGCUAAGAAAAGUAGACAUGAUGGUAUGUAUAGAAAAUACGAUUCAACUAGAAUAAAAGCAGAGGAAGAAGAAGUCUUUUCAAGUAAGAGAUGCUUAGAAUGGUUCUAUGAAUAUGCAGGCACGGAUGACAUUGUAGGGCCAGAAGGUAUGGAGAAAUUUUGUGAAGACAUUGGAGUUGAACCAGAAAAUGUAGUUAUGCUUGUGUUAGCAUGGAAGUUGGAUGCACAAAACAUGGGUUACUUUACGUUACAAGAAUGGUUAAAAGGAAUGACAUCACUACAGUGUGAUACUACAGAAAAACUGAGAAAUUCUCUGGAUUACUUGAGAUCUUUAUUAAAUGAGCCUACCAAUUUUAAACUUAUUUAUAGAUAUGCCUUUGACUUUGCACGGGAAAAGGACCAGCGCAGCCUAGAUAUCAAUACUGCCAAGUGUAUGUUGGGCCUUCUUUUAGGAAAAGCAUGGUCCCUUUUUCCAGUGUUUCAUCAGUUUCUAGAGCAGCAAUCAAAAUACAAAGUUAUCAAUAAGGACCAAUGGUGUAACGUUCUUGAAUUCAGCAGAACAAUUAACCUUGACCUCAGUAACUAUGAUGAAGAUGGAGCCUGGCCAGUGUUGUUGGAUGAGUUUGUGGAAUGGUAUAAAGGAAAACAGAUGACAUAGGAGUUUAACUAUGCACAGCCACUCAAGAGUCACUGUUACCACAGUUAUGUCAACCAUUAGCCAUAAACUGCUAUCUGUAUCAAAGUGCAUGCUGCUUUUCUUGCACUGCAUCCCUUUGGCAAGGAACUUUUGAUGUUUGCUAUUUAACAAGCUAGCUAUGCUUGCUGUUUAGCAUUGUUCUCUUUGAAGGCUGCUUUGCAUUUUGUAUUUACACUUCAAAUUGGUGAACUUGCCAGAGUCUUCACUGUGAUUAUGUGUAUAUUGCUGUCUAAAUUUUGUAUAUGUGUAUAAAAAAAGGCUUCACCUAGGAAUUAUUUCUGCAGAAAUGUAUUGUAAAAAUAAUUUUGUGGCAUAUUUCUAAUCAUCACUUACAUGUCUGUUGAAACUUCAGUUAUUUUGUUUUUCUUUUGGUCUCAAAUGUAGCAUUUCAGUCUUUCUGGCCAUAGUUAUGUGAAGAACUAUUUACGGUUUCAAUGUUACUAUUUGAGAUGCCAAUUUCUGAGAAGAGAAGACAUGCUGUGAUUUCCUUCACCAGAUUUUGCCAAACCUGACUUAAUGCUUUAUAGGAAUGAAACAUUGGUGUCUUAAAAAAUAUAUACAUAUAAAUAUUUAAACACUGUAAUAGUUGUACAUGCCAUAGAUGAUUUCCAUUUGAAGAAAAAAGUACUGACUUUUUAAUGUUAAAACUGCAGUAGUCGUUACAGGUACAAAAGAACAAAUUAAAGUACCUUUUAAAAAUGGG